CGUAAGAGCUGGCUAGCUGGGCGAAACAUUAAUUCGGAACGCAAUUUCUGCACAGUGCAGUUUUCCCGCCGGAGUCAGGGUGGGCAGCACCUUUCCGUAUUGCGCAUGCGCAGUGCCACUUACCUGGCAUGGAAGCGAUAGGCGUUCUGUGCUUGGCUGUGGUGGCCUUGGCAAGGAUCGUGUUCUGGGUUUGGGACUCCUCCGAACGAAUGAAGAGUCAGGUGCAGGCUGGCCUGUUGGGAAACGGAAGUCGGACCCUCCUGGUGAUCGCGCACCCCGACGAUGAAGCAAUGUUCUUUGCUCCCACUUUGCUAGGCUUGGCCCGCCUGAGGCACCGCGUGUUCCUGCUCUGCUUCUCCGCAGGAAAUUACUACAAUCAAGGCAAGAUUCGUAAGAAAGAACUUUUGCAGAGCUGUGAUGUUUUGGGGAUUCCAGCCUCCAGUGUAAUGAUUAUUGACAACAGGGACUUCCCAGAUGACCCAGGUGUGCAGUGGGACACAGAGAGUGUGGCCGGCGUCCUGCUCCAGCACAUAGAAGUGAAUAACAUCAACCUGGUGGUGACCUUCGAUGCAGGGGGCAUCAGUGGGCACAGCAACCACGUGGCUCUGCACACAGCUAUGAGGACCCUACACUCGGAAGGGAGGUUACCUGAAGGGUGCAGGGUACUCACCCUUCAGUCUGUGAGCAUGCUGCGCAAGUACAUCUCCCUUCUGGACCUGCCCUUUUCUCUGCUUCACACCGGUGAUGUCCUCUUCGUGCUCACCAGCAAAGAAGCAGCAAAGGCCAAGAGAGCCAUGUCCUGCCACCGCAGCCAGCUCCUCUGGUUCCGCCGGCUCUACGUGCUCUUCUCCCGCUACAUGAGAAUCAACUCUCUGCACUUUCUCUGAAGUCUGGAAGCCUUUACAGAUCCAAGGAAUAAGGAGUAAGAAGACUAGGAAGCCCGGGCCCUGGUCUGGAGCUGGCUCCUUUCCCAAAACCAAAGGAAACCCCAGGGUGGGGUGGCCCCCAGAAUUCUGCUCGUCAGAGCUACAGCCCCUAAUGAAAGGGAGGCCAUGCAGGCCAACAGGCUGUCUAAAGUUCACUCUUCCCUCUGGGGAGAAAAACAACACCGAAAACCAAAUAAACCCAAGGGUAAUAAUAGGUCCCCUGCUAGCUUCUCAAGUUCUUAUGGAAAACACUAUACAUGAGAGCACAAUGUACUUCAGACACCUAGCACAGAGCCUGCACUUACUGUGAAAGUAUGCUAAAAUCACUUACAGUGUGAUGCAACCCACUGAAACGGUUUCCAAAGCAGGCUCACCAAAUACACACACACACACACACACACACACACACACACACACAAAGAAAAGCCUAUAUUGAAUUAGUUCAACCAUAUUUCCAUUGAUUUAUCUUUGUGGGCUGUAUAUUGGAUUUGAAUCUAGAAAAAACCUGCUCUAUCUAACACCACGGUCACUGACGGGGCAUCGAAGCCCCGAUCCCUGUGCUGAGCAGUUUCACAGAGUUGCGUAAUUCGGGCCCUGCCCUCAGGGCACUUAUAAUCAAAGAUUCAGCUCUCAACCUUUUGGAACAAGCAGGAAAUAGGAAGAGAAAUCUGGACAUUUUAAAACACACACACACACUCAAGAACCUGAUGUUUUAAAAAAUUGUAUUACAAACAAAAGCAUUCUGAAAGAUCAGGCUUGGAGGCUACUCACAGAAUCCAGCUAAUAGUCCAGGGAAGUGGCCCAAGGCAGGGCAGCUCCACAGACUGGUGACCCAGGUGGGAGGCCAGAAUUGCCAGCAAAGUAACCAGAGGCAAGGUGCUUAACCUCUCUCUGCCUCAAUUCUCUCAUCUGCAAAACGGGGACAAUAAUGUGCCAACCUCAGAGGAAAUGGUGCCUGAAAGCACAUAGCAAAGGGCCUGAUGUACAGUAAAUGCUCAGAAAGAUGAGCCACAGCUAUUCUGAGAACUAAAGAGUAAGCAGGUGUUAAGCAGAGGGAGUAGCAUAAAUCAAAGGCCUGAUACAGAAGAAACCUUGGUGUGCAUUGUCCUUGUGUAUUCUCUCUGCGUGACAGAUGAGAAUUUCUGCCUGAAUUUCUGUCUUCAUAGUAGCAGGUUAGAGAGCUGCUUCUUGGGCCUCUUCACCCACACUUGCUUCCUGGUUCUGGGGCUUGCCAAUGUCUUGAAUGCCUCCUAGGGGCUAAAUGAGGCUGACAGAGCUAUCAGGCCCCUAGGCUGGAAUUGAAAAUGCAAAACUGGCUGUUACCUGUCUACUAAAGAUGUGUCACUAGCUCCUAAUGGCCUUCAUGUGAAAGUGACAAAAAAUAAGGCACUAACCCUGCUUAGAGUUUGGGGACUUGUUUGACUCCUAACCUGCUACUAGGAAGACAGACACCCACCGGCCUUUUGGGACAGCAAUUCUCAAUACAUGUUAAGAGCGUUUAAAAUACACAUACUCGAACCUAAGGAAAUAUUUAAAACAUCAAAAUUGUAUACAUAAAGAUCAUCACAGUAUUAUUUAAAAUAGCAUAAUGAGGAAAAUCCAGCGAUGUAAUCAUAUUUGGUAACAAGGAAAAAUGUUCAUGAUAUAUUAAAUUUUGAAAACCAGGUUAGGAAUGCUAAAAUUCAACAAUGACACACAUAUAUAUAAAAGUAUACAAACAAAUAUACAUAUCCGUGUGUGUGUGUGUGUGUGUGUGUGUGUGUGUGUGGCUAUGUAUCCAUAAGGUCAUCUUUCUACAAUAAACAUUUAUAAUUUUAAAGUAUUUUUGUUCAUGAAUAGCCUUUUAUUGUUUAGGCUUUUACAUUUGUCCCCAAUUUCUCUCCCUUUGCCUACCUCCACCAAGCCUCACCUCACCCCUCCUCCAAGGAAUCCCCAUAUCAUUGUUUGUGUCCAUAGGUCAUGCAUAAAUAUACUUUGGCUAAUCCCUUCACCAUCUUUCAUUGUGUACAAAUAGUUUUUAUGUGAGAAAAUAGCUUUUGAGAAAAUGUGAAGUUUUUAAAGAUGUAUAGUCAGUAUAAUUUUAAUUAUGUAAAGUGCUAGCCAUUUAUAUACUGCUGGUAGACAUAAAUGGUAUCUACAUACUCUUUAGUUCUCAGAUUACCUGUGGCUCAUCUUUCUUGAGCAUUUACUGCAUGUCAGACCCUUUGCUAUGUGCUUUCAGGUACCAUCUCAACUGCUGCAGAGGACAACUUGGCAAUUUCUAGUGAAGUUCUAUAUCCUCUGAUCCAGCAUUUCCACUUCUGGUAAUUUACGCUAUAGAUUUACUCAGGUGCCAAAAGAGGUGUAUAAGGGAUAGACAUUGAAACACUUUAUAAUAGUAAAAUACUGGUCCAGUCCAAGUGUUCAUCAAUUAAGGAUUGUCUAAGUAUAUUGUAGGUAAAACAGUAAAAUACCACAAAACUAUUUUUUAAAAUAAUUUUUUUAAAUAAAAAUUUGCCUUUAUUUUA